AGGCCGCGCAGCUACUCGAUCGCAUCUGGGGUGCAAACUUCCAAGAUGGCGCCUUCUCGCAAUCUGCCAGACUCGGAUGCUUCGUCCCAGGCGGACACGCCCAUGACAGACGGCAAUGAUGAUUCUACCGCCAGAAUCUCGGUUGACGAGCCUGAUUAUCCCAUGGCGGACUACCAAGAGACCCCAGAUUACACAGACUCCGACACCAACCCAAACACGACGGCAAGCAGUGUCGCAGGCGAUUCACCCCACACAGAUGGACGCAAAAGAAAGGCAGAGGAAUCUCAGUUGAAAAAGAUUCUCAAGAAACAGCACGGACGCUUGGACGAGUCAAAGGAAGACGACUCGAUCAGACGCUUCCGGUACCUUCUGGGUCUCACCGAUUUGUUUCGCCAUUUUAUUGAAACCAACCCGAACCCGCGCAUCAAGGAAAUUCUGGCAGAGAUCGAUCGGCAAAAUUCGGAUGAGACCGCCAAGACGAAGGGUUCCUCGCGCAAAGGAGGUGCUGGUGGUGAUAGGAGACGCCGAACUGAGAAGGAAGAAGAUGCAGAACUUCUGAGUGAUGAAAAGCGGGGUGGGGAAACAACGACGGUCUUUCGCGACUCGCCCUCUUUCGUCAAAGGAGAGAUGCGCGAUUACCAGGUUGCUGGGCUGAAUUGGCUGGUGUCACUCCAUGAGAAUGGUAUUUCUGGAAUUCUUGCCGACGAAAUGGGUCUCGGAAAGACCCUUCAGACAAUCGCGUUUCUGGGAUAUUUACGACACAUCUGCGGCAUCACACGCCCCCAUUUGGUUGCAGUCCCAAAAUCCACUCUUGACAACUGGAAGAGAGAGUUUGAGAGAUGGACACCUGAGGUCAAUGUUAUGGUGUUGCAGGGCGCCAAAGAGGAGCGUCAGAAACUAAUUGCCGACCGGCUUGAAAAGGAAGAUUUCGAUGUUUGCAUCACCAGCUACGAAAUGAUCUUACGCGAGAAAUCGCAUCUGAAGAAACUCCCUUGGGAAUACAUUAUUAUCGACGAGGCCCAUCGGAUCAAAAACGAGGAAUCGUCACUCGCCCAGAUCAUUCGUUUGUUUAGCUCGCGGAAUCGCCUAUUAAUCACGGGUACCCCUCUCCAAAACAACCUGCACGAGCUUUGGGCCCUCCUCAACUUUCUAUUGCCCGAUGUGUUUGGUGACUCUGAGGCAUUCGACCAAUGGUUCUCCAGUCAAGAUUCAGACCAGGACACUGUUGUGCAGCAGUUGCACCGUGUUCUCCGGCCGUUUCUGCUCCGUCGAGUCAAAAGCGAUGUCGAAAAGAGCCUGUUGCCGAAGAAAGAAGUGAACCUAUAUGUUGGCAUGUCGGAGAUGCAGGUUAAAUGGUACCAGAAAAUCCUUGAAAAGGACAUCGAUGCGGUCAACGGUGCCGCUGGAAAACGAGAAUCCAAGACUCGACUAUUGAACAUCGUUAUGCAACUCCGCAAGUGCUGUAACCACCCGUACCUGUUCGAAGGUGCCGAGCCCGGACCUCCGUAUACGACCGAUGAACAUCUUGUCGACAAUGCAGGGAAAAUGAUUGUUUUGGAUAAAAUCCUCACUCGCAUGAAGAAGCAAGGCAGCCGCGUGCUCAUUUUUUCUCAAAUGAGUCGUGUUCUGGAUAUUUUGGAAGAUUACUGUGUUUUCAGAGAGCACAGCUAUUGCCGCAUUGACGGAUCUACAGCCCACGAAGACCGUAUCGCAGCGAUUGACGAUUACAACAAAGAGGGCUCUGACAAGUUUAUAUUCUUGCUCACGACACGUGCUGGUGGAUUAGGUAUCAAUCUAACCACGGCAGACAUUGUUGUUCUAUUCGAUAGCGACUGGAACCCGCAAGCCGACCUUCAGGCCAUGGACCGUGCUCACCGUAUUGGGCAGAAGAAGCAAGUUAUUGUCUUCCGAUUUGUCACAGAGAAGGCCAUCGAAGAAAAGGUUCUGGAGCGUGCGGCGCAGAAGCUACGACUUGAUCAACUUGUCAUUCAACAAGGUCGUGCCCAGCAGCAAGGAAAGGGCGCUGCAUCGAAAGACGACCUCUUGGGCAUGAUUCAACAUGGCGCUGCUGAUCUCUUUAAGAACCCGGGAGGCACUCUUGCCAGUGGCGGUGACAUAACAGACGAUGAUAUCGACAAAAUCCUGCGAAAGGGCGAGGAGCGCACCGCAGAGCUUAACAAGAAGUAUGAAAAGCUCGGCAUUGACGAUCUUCAGAAGUUCACGUCAGAUAAUGCAUAUGAAUGGAAUGGAGAAGACUUUACGAACCGGAAAAAGGAUAUCGGUAUCAGUUGGAUCAACCCAGCGAAGCGAGAACGCAAGGAGCAAUUUUAUUCAAUCGAUAAAUACUACCGGCAGGCUCUGGCUACCGGCGGUCGCACUGCGGACACGAAACCGAAAGUGCCGCGUGCGCCCAAGCAAGUUGCCAUUCACGACUGGCAAUUCUUCCCUCCGCGGCUGCAUGAGUUGCAGGAGAAGGAAACAGCUUAUUUCCACAAGGAAAUCAACUAUAAGGCCCAGCUUGUUGAAGGUACAGAGGAUGACCUGAGCGAACGCGAGGCAAACCGGGAUCUCGAACAACAGGAAAUCGACAACGCAGUCCCAUUGACUGAGGAGGAACAGGCCGAAAAAGUCCGCCUUUCUGAGUUGGGCUUCUCGACGUGGAACCGCCGCGAUUUCCAGCAGUUUGUUAAUGGAUCUGCCAAGUUCGGUCGAACUGACUAUGCUGGAAUCUCUACAGAAGUCGACAGCAAGGAGCCCCAGGAAGUGAAGGAGUACGCCAAAGUGUUCUGGGAGCGGUACGACGAAAUCAGUGACUAUCCCAAGUACCUCCGCGUUAUCGAACAAGGUGAAGAAAAGGUGCGCAAGAACACGCAUCAACGGAAGAUGCUGCGAAAGAAGCUGGACAUGUACCGAGUACCUCUCCAGCAAUUAAAGAUCAACUAUACCGUGUCGACCACGAACAAGAAGGUGUACUCGGAGGAAGAAGACCGGUUCCUCCUGGUUAUGCUCGACAAGCUGGGUAAGGAGGACGACAGUGAUGCUAUUCAGAUUUUUGAACGGAUGCGAGAGGAAAUCCGUGAAAGCCCGCUGUUCCGCUUUGAUUGGUUUUUCUUGAGCCGCACGCCUGUUGAACUGAGCCGCCGGUGUACCACUUUGCUUAACACCAUCGCGCGAGAGUUUGAGGGGGAUCCCAAAGCCAACGGCGAGGGUGGCAAAGGCCGUGGACGAGAUCGGGUCGAAGAAGAGGGCGACGAGGACGAGGACGAGGCACCAGCUAAGAAGAAAACUAAGGGUAGCGCUGUGAACAAGAAACUGAACACUGUCAAAGGUGGAAGCAAGGGCACAUCGACCAACACAUCAAGAGCAGCCAGCGUCUCAUCGACCACCAAAUCGAAGGGCAAAAAGAACAGCAUGGCUUCCAAGAUAAACCUCAUCCUCAACCCCAAGUACCAGCGCAAUGGGCUAAAGUCCUACGUCCACCUCCUUCGCAAAUACGGCUUCAAUCCCACCUUGGAAGGACCUUACUUCCACGCAUCCAGCGUUACUCAGCAGGGCAAGUUCAGCGCUCAAGGCCAUCGUCCUGUAGGUGGCCGUGCCCGCGUUAGUCGCAUCUUGCAGAAGAAGACCGAUGGCCAGAGUGGCGACGUUCCUGCCGACGAUGUUCAGAACGACUCCCUGUAUCUGGCCCAAGUAGGCAUCGGCUCUCCUGCUCAGACUCUCAAAUUGGAUUUCGAUUCCGGCUCUGCGGAUCUUUGGGUAUGGUCUACUGAACUGCCAUCCAGCACCCAGCAGUCGGGAUCAAGCCACACAAUCUUCGAUCCAUCCAAGUCAAGCUCUUGGCAGGAGCCUUCGGGAGAGACCUGGAAGAUCUCGUACGGCGACGGUUCCUCUGCAUCCGGUGAUGUCGGCAACGACGUCCUCAACCUUGGUGGUCUGGAAAUCAAGGGUCAGGCCAUCGAACUGGCAAAGACCUUGUCUUCUCAGUUUGAGCAAUCCGAGGGAGACGGUCUCUUGGGACUGGCCUUUGGUAGCAUCAACACUGCCACCCCCAACAAAGUGAAGACUCCAGUAGAGAACUUGAUUGCCAACAACUUGUUUCCUCAGGAUUCCCAGCUGUUUACGGCUCAUCUCGGUGCCUCGGGUGAAAAGGGGGAUACCUCUUUCUAUACCUUUGGUUACAUUGAUCAAGACACUGUCAGUGCCACAGGCAACAAGAUCAGCUACGCGGCCGUCGACAACAGCCAAGGCUUCUGGACUUUUCAGUCCACUUCGGCCACCGUGAAUGGCAAGACCGUCGACCGUUCUGGAAACACCGCCAUUGCUGACACCGGCACCACCUUGGCGCUCGUUGAUGAUGACACUGUCAAGGCUAUCUACGAUGCCAUUCCAAACUCCAAAUACGACAGCAGCCAGCAGGGUUAUGUCUACCCAAGCGACACUGCUGUGGACAAGCUGCCUUCUGUUACCUUUGCUGUCGGAGACACUCAGUUCGCUGUGCACAAGUCAGCUUUGGGAUUUGCUGAUGCGGGUUCUGGUUUCACCUAUGGUGGUAUCCAGUCUCGCGGUUCCAACACUUUCGAUAUCCUCGGAGACACUUUCUUGAAGAGCGUCUAUGCGGUAAGCAUGGCCAUUGUUUUAUGUGUUUGUGUACUCGAGCUAAUUCGUAUUUCCAGGUUUUCGAUGUUGGCAACACCCAGUUUGGCGCUGUCCAGAAGCCCGACCCAGAUGCUUCCUCCAGCUCCUAAUGCGUUUCUUCAGCAGAUCAUGCGUACAGAGAAAAGUUAA